GAGAAUCCGCACUUGACUCUAGCACUUCAGUGGAACAACAUGCGAGCCUUCCAAACCGUGCUGGCAGCGAUCUCGGCCGUUGUUGCCGUCAACGGUCAGAUAUACACCGGGUUGAGCUACGGUUCUGGUCUUUCUGGGCUGACGUCAUACGCUCCCGCCUAUUCCUACGGUGCUCGUUAUUCGACGAUUGCCGCUGCCCCCGCAUUGUCGUACGGCGCUGGUUAUUCUACGAUUGCGUCGGCGCCCGCUGUCUCUUACUCUAACUCUAUUGUCUCAUCGCCUUUCACAUCUUCGUUUGUUGCCGCUCCUGUAUCUUAUUCCGUCGCGGCCCCCGCUGUUACAUCUCGCAUCGCAACUGUAUCCGCCGCUCCUGCCAUCACUUCUCGUAUCGCCACCGUUUCCGCCGCCCCCGCUGUUUCUCUCUCAGCUGCCGCCCCCGCCAACCUUGGUGUGAUCGCCACCGGCGGGGCUCCAACCAUCCGCACUCAUGAGAUCCACACUGGAUCAGGAAACCAGGCCAUCCGUAUCGAGGACUUCCAGGCAGGAGAUCAAGUGAUCCGUGUCCACGAAGGACCUCAGGAAGCACCUCAAGUGGCUCAAGUUCAGGUCCCUGGUGAGCAGCAUCACGUCCGAGUUAUUAACCACCAGUCCGGUCCUGCUCAGGUAGAACGCGUCGUCUCGCGGGCUCAGACUCAAGUGGUCGACGUCCAGAAGCCUGGUCGGCCCGGAGCUCGAAUCAUCCAAGUGGUCAAAGGUCAAUCUCCCGCUCCCUCCAUCGAAUUUGUGAAUGCUGGCGGAGACUCACACCAUGUCUACUACGCCGAUGACGUUAAUGCCGGGGGAGCUGUCGGAGGAGGAAUCGUUGGGGGCAAUAUUGUGAGAACUUCCUACGCUGGCUCAGGCUUCGGAGGAGCCGUCAUAUCCGCCGCCCCUGCGAUCUCUACCAUCGGUUCCCGAGCAAUCUCCGUCGCCGCUGCCCCCGCUAUUCGCACAAUCUCAGCAGCGCCCGCCAUUUCUUACGGAACCGUCAGUUCCGCCCCCGCUGUCUCUUAUGGAACCGUCAGCGCUGCCCCUGCGAUUUCGUACGGAGGCUUCAGCGCUGCCCCUGCGAUUUCUUAUGGAACCGUUAGCGCUGUCCCCGCCGUCUCUUACGGAACUGUCAGCGCCGCUCCUGCUAUUUCCUAUGGAUCUGCCAGCACUUCCCCCAUCUCGUAUGGACUCGGUGGAUUCCAUUAUGGGGGUCUCGGUUACUCCACGGGCUACUCGCCUUAUUACAGCAGCGGUUCCAACGUUUUCCUGGAUGCUAAGAAGAAGUCGUCCGCCAAGAAAUCUGCCUAGACUCCGACUCCACUCAAUGGGGAUGUUGUAUUAAUAAAAUCGUUGAUUUCGAUUGUACCGAAAGUUUUCUGAUU